GAAGCGCCCAGUAGAGGCACGUCGCUGGCGGAGGUAAAGGUUGCAGGUGGAAUUCGGGGUCCCUCUUCCCUUUGAAUACCUCCGAUGCCCCUCAGGAGUGACCUUAGCGAGCCUGGAGACGCCGAGCCCGAAGCCAAGGGAUCCCUUUGAGAAAGAGUGUCGAGAAAUAUGGAGUUGAAUUGUUUAACACUAAAAGACCUGAUUAGCCCAAGACACGGGAAAAUAGAUUACAUAAAUGAAGAUGGGGAAAGUGCACAAAAGGAAAACAUAUUUGAUCGACCCAGAAUGACUCCAAAGACUCCCAUGAAAAAUGAGCCCAUUGAUUUGUCCAAACAAAAAAAUUGUACUCCUGAAAGAAGCCCAAUUACACCUGUGAAGCUGACAGAUAAGCCUCUGGCAGAUCCAUGGACUCCAACAGCUAACCUAAAGAUGCUUAUUAGUGCUGCUAGUCCUGACAUGCGGGACAGGGAAAAGAAAAAAGAACUCUUCAGACCAAUUGAGAACAAUGAAUUCAGUGAUGCUCUCCCUGACUCCUCGCAGUGUGAUACUGUAGAUGAUGGAACUGCAGAUGAAUAUGAAAAGCAAAGACCCAGCAGAAAACAGAAAAGCUUAGGACUGCUGUGCCAAAAGUUUUUAGCUCGCUAUCCUAGUUACCCUUUAUCAGCAGAGAAGACAACAAUUUCUUUGGAUGAAGUGGCUUCUAGUCUUGGAGUUGAACGCAGGCGGAUUUAUGAUAUAGUGAAUGUCCUGGAAUCUCUUGAUCUUGUUAGCCGAGUGGCUAAGAAUCAGUACUGUUGGCAUGGCCGUCACAGCUUGAGCCAGACUCUGAAAAAACUCCAAGAAAUAGGAGAGCUACAAAAAUAUGAAGAACUCAUGGCUUCUUUCCAGCAGAAAGAACUCGACUUUGAGUGUAGAUUUGGAGAACACAAAAAAGAGAGCUUUAUAUAUUUCCAAGACCGACAGUUGCUUGACUUCUCAGAGACAGAUUGUCCGUCUGCGUCUGCAAACAGCAGAAAGGACAAAUCAUUGAGGAUUAUGAGCCAGAAAUUUGUCAUGCUGUUCCUUGUCUCCAAGACCAAGAUAGUCACUCUUGACAUAGCAGCAAAAAUAUUGAUAGAAGAAAGCCAAGAUACAGCUGAUCACAGCAAGUUUAAAACAAAGGUAAGAAGACUGUAUGAUAUUGCUAAUGUCUUGACAAGUCUUGGGCUUAUAAAGAAAGUGCAUGUAACAGAAGAAAGAGGUCGUAAACCAGCCUUCAAAUGGAUUGGGCCUGUGGAAUUCACUGGAAAUAAUGGUGAUAUAAAAAUGGAAGUUCGAACCUGUGCUACGCAUACUGAAGUGAAACGACCAGCACGUGUUCCACAUCAAGCUUGCUCUAAUAGAAAAGAUCGACUAUCACGCCAUGCUUCUUUCAGUGUUCCUCAGCCUUCUGAACUGGUCAAGAGAAAAGUUAGUUCUGAACCAAGCAGCCCACACAAAGAGAGGCAAGAUGAUUACUGUUCCAAAAUGAUAAAUCUAGCAUCUGUUUGCUGCCAGAACUUGGAAGAUAAUAAAAGUAGAAGUAUUGAAGCAGCAAGAAAUAUGGGCAUCAUUUCUUCCUUCUCAGUUCUUCCUGUUCCAGAAGAUUCAGACUAUUGUGCUAAUGCCUUCACUCACUUUCCUGAAAAGACCAACUCAGACUCACCACACUGGUCUUUACCAAAUGGACUAAAUCAAAAUUUACUGUCAUCUGUGGUACCAGCUUCCAAAACUGAGACUGGGAAAACCAACAUGCUCCCCAACCAACCUUUUGUUUACUUGCCAUCCCCAUCUCUCUAUAUGCUGUGUGGCAAACUUCAUGAAGGCCAGCCAAGGGAGAGCUUUUCAGAAAAAAGAAGCGAAGACACGGAGGGCCACAUUUCACCCUGCUCAUCAGAAACUGCCAAAUCUCCAGCUAACUAUCGCAAGCGGAGUUCCCAGAAAUGUAUACCUCCCACUGCAGCUCCAGCUGAAGAGGAACCUAUAGCCAAAAGACAAAGCCUGGAGCAGACUGAUGGUCCCAUUUCUUUAGUGGUAUCCAAGAAGACCAUUCAGCCAGCAGAUGCAAAGUCUUCUCCAGACAAUAAUUGCAGCUCCCUUGACCAACAAAGAGGCUUUCAACUUGAAUCAGGGACUUCUGAAAUUCUGGAAACUGCCAUAACAGAAACCCAAGACCAAGAAGAACCAUAUAGGAGUAAAGAUGUAAAAGAAAACUUGAAAGAAAAGGAACAGGCUUCUCAGGAAAAUGGCAAGCCAUCUUUUCUACCGCAGUAUCUCUACGUACAGCCUGCAGCUGGAUUAAAUGGUUUUAAUUUCCUGUUUCCUACCAACCAAGCUCCUGCUCCCGUCAGCCUAUCUUCAAGCCGCCUCCCUUCACUUAAUGUUCCCUGUAUGAUGGUUCCAUCUACUGCACUGGCACCAUUCCCUCUUAUCUAUUCCUCAGCAGCAGCAAGCCAACUUCAUUCUUCAUCUUCUAGCGCUUUCCCAAAUGUCACCUGUGUGAAUUUUAGUAUGCCUGGCUUAACGUCUACAACUCCUGUUUUCAUUGGGACCCCUGCUGUAGUAAAUCCAAAUUCAUCACAGUUACCUACACUGGAACCACACCAGCAGUUUCAUUCAGCUGCGCAUCUGAAUCCUCUCCUUGGAUCUGCUUGCAACUCAGUUAAAACAGACUCAUCAAUUUGCAUGGGACAUCCAGUCACCUUUCUGAAACUACCACAGCCUUCUACAACUCCACUAACUCCUAAGAAUAUGCGUCCAACAACCCAAGAAACAUUUUUCAAGACACCUGGCAGCCUAGAAGAUCCUAUUAUAUGGAGGAAAAAUGAAGGCAACCAGAGCAGAACAUCAAGUUCUGUUCAAAGAAGAUUAGAAAUCUCCAGCAAAAGCUCUGACUAAUCCACCCCAUUACUGCAAUACGGGUAGCUUAGAAAAGAGUCUUUUGCUUAUUAUAGAAAAAACAAUUACUGCAUUAAAAAAAGAGAAAAUGUGUUAAAAUAUUGUUCCAUAGGCACAUUUGCCCACUGUGUAUUUGCCCAUUAUUCUGUUAACUUGCUCCCUCGUGAAUCACCCUAGUUGUAUAAAUACCAAUUUUGAUUAGAAAUUCUAAUUAUGCAGAUGCAGAUAUAAGGAAGCAUCAAAUUCUAUUCCAGGGCUGAAAAAAUAAAAUGUAUCAGAGAUAUGAGCAAGUUUAACUGUGAUCCAAAGUUUAA